UUAGUCAAACAUCAUCAAACACCCAAGAAAAUGAGUUUUGAACUCCAUUUCUGAUCUCUAUGCUCUCCAAAAAGAGUAAAGACACCAAUAAAUUUGCUACUUAUCUAUUCAACACCAUUCCCUCCUACAACCCCAGAUCGCAACAAUGGAUUCCGAACCCGAUCAGCUUCACUUUGUUCUCAUACCGUUAAUGGCACAGGGCCACCUUAUCCCCACCGUAGAUAUGGCCAGGAUAUUGGCACAGCGUGGCGUGACUGUCACCAUCGUCACCACACACCUUAAUGCCGCCCGACUCAACGUGACCAUUGAUCGAGCCAUCGAAUCGGGGCUCCGGGUCCGGCUUCUCAAGCUCCGGUUUGCAUGCACCGAGGCCGGGUUGCCGGAGGGAUGUGAGAACAUAGAUGCCCUCCCCUCACGAGAGCUGUCCAAGAAUUUCUUCCACGCCAUUAGCAUGCUGCAAUACCCAGUUGAGCAAUGCUUGAAAGAGCUUCAACCUCGUCCAAAUUGCAUCAUCUCCGACAGAUAUAUUCCAUGGACAGCUGACACUGCUCGUAAGUUUCAGAUUCCAAGGCUGGUUUUCGAUGGGACAAGCUGCUUCGCAAACACAUGCUCCCACAGCAUAAGUGUUUCCAGGAUUCACGAGAAGGUUAAUUCUGAGUCGGAGUCCUUUGUUGUGCCCGGUUUGCCUCAUCGAAUAGAGUUGACUAAGGCUCAAUUACCCGAAGUCUUUAAUCCAGGCACGAUUCACUUGAGCGACUUACACCAGAAAAUUGAAGCUGCAGAAAUGGCAGCAUAUGGGACAAUUCUCAACACUUACGAGGAGUUGGAAACAGAGUAUAUCAAAGAAUAUAGAAAGGUGAAAGGAGGUAAGGUUUGGUGUAUUGGCCCAGUGUCACUGUACAACAAGGAUACCUUAGAUAAGUCUCAAAGAGGCAACAAAUCCUCCAUAGAUGAAGUCCAGUGCAUAAAGUGGCUUGAUUUAUGGCCUGCAAACUCUGUUCUUUAUGCUUGUCUAGGAACCCUCAGUUGUCUUGAGCCUAAGCAACUGAUUGAAUUAGGACUGGGCUUGGAAGCUUCCAACCGUCCAUUCAUAUGGGUUCUAAGAAAAGGAUACAAAUCAGAUGAACUCGAGCAGUGGAUUUCAGAAGAAAAAUUUGAGGAGAGAACAAAAGGAAGAAGCCUUUUGAUCCGCGGUUGGGCUCCACAGGUACUGAUACUAUCUCACACAGCCAUAGGAGGGUUCUUGACGCACUGCGGUUGGAACUCUACACUCGAAGGGAUAUGUGCAGGAGUGCCGAUGAUAGCAUGGCCUCUGUUCUCUGACCAAUUCUACAAUGAGAAAUUUGUUGUGCAGGUGCUGAGUAUUGGAGUGAGUGUGGGUGCUGAGCAUGCUAUAAAGUGGGGGAACGAAGAGAAUUAUGGGGUGCUGGUAAAGAGUGAGGAUGUAAAGAAUGCCAUAGAGCUGCUGAUGGAUGAAGGUGAUUGGGAAGGAGAGAAGAGAAGAAAAAGAGCCAGAGAGCUUGCAGAUAUGGCAAACAAGGCUGCAGGAGGAGGAUCUUCGUACCAUAAUAUUACACUGCUGAUAGAAGAUAUCAGGAAACAUGCCAUUCUCAACAAAUUAAGCUAAGACGUGCUUGCCAAUGGGAGCCUAAAACUACAAUCAGGCAAAUAAAGAGACGACAUUGAAAAGAAACUGCAUGCGCCACAUGAAUUGGAUGUCUUUAAUUUGUUGCAUCAAACAGUACGAUUGAAAUGUGUUUGGGAAGUCCAUCUUAUGCUGCUUACAAUCUUCGUACGUACUAUCCUUAGUCAUAUGAUUAAGGGAAAACUAGUCUUUACCCUUUUCAAAACAAAUUACAAUGUGCCCCUUCUCAACUUUAGAAAAUUGCAAUUGACCUUCUAAUCUAUCUAAUCCUUUCACUUAGCCCUCGCAACUAUGAUUUUUUGUUAACUUGGACAGCAUU